AUGGCACAGAUUGUUGAAAAACAUCAUGUUGAGAGUGAAGAUGAUGAUGAAAAUAUUACAGUGAUUUGUUGUUUAAAAAAUAAUGACGUAAUUAAAAGAGAAAUCAAGAAUGAUUCUAUUCUAUUUGGCAAUGAUAUAAUUAAAUGUUUAGAAUUUAUUAAAACUGCUCAUUAUGGAAAUAUUCUAUUAUUUCUAUCAGAUGAAGAAAUAUCAUUGGAUUUAUCUUCAAUUCAAAAUCUAACCGUUAUACACAUUAAAAAUAAUAAUGAGUGUGAACAAUCUGUUGAAGAAAUUCUAAAACUUAUACAGCGAAAUAUUCGUUUAGUUACGCGUCGCAAACAACAAACAAGAUUAAAAUUUAAUUUAUUAACAGAAAAUCAACAGUCUGUACGUUUUUUAACAGAAGAUUCUGCAUCAUUUCUAUGGUUUCAAAUACUUUUAGAUGUGUUAACAAAAAUGCCAAAUAAAUUACAAUCAAAACAAUAUAUGUUAGAAAAAUGUCGUAGACAUUAUCAUAAUAAUAUUAAACAGUUAGAAAAAAUUAAUUUAUUUGAACAAACAUAUGAAUCAACAGAUGCAAUUCGUUGGUAUACAGAUGAAAGUUUUCUUUAUCGAUUGGUUAAUAAAGCAUUGAGAACGGAAGAUACAGAUGAUUUGUAUACAUAUCGAUUUUAUAUUAUGGAUUUAUGCGCACAAUUGAAAGAAGAAUAUUAUAAACAACAAUUGAAUAAUAAUAAAAUAAAAUUAUAUAGAGGACAAACAAUGUCGAAUGAAGAAAUUAAUAAAUUACGUAAUAAUAUUGGAAAUUUAAUAUCACCAAAUGGUUUUUUUUCAACAUCUAUGGAUUGUGCUGUAGCAAAAAUGUUCACAUCACAAGGUAAUAAUAGUGUUCUAUUUGAAAUUGAAACUGAUUCAAAUUUAAAACAUUGUAUUUUUGCUAAAAUUGAAUUAUUCAGUCAUGUACCAGAUGAAAAAGAAGUUUUAUUUAGCAUUGGAGCUGUAUUUAAAAUAAAUAAUAUUUAUUUUGAUGAGCAAAUUAAUUUAUGGAAAAUAAAUUUACAAGCAACAGAUGAAGGACGAGAACAUAUUGAGCAAUAUAUUGAAUAUCAAAAGAAACAAUUAGAAGAAACAAGUGUUAAUAUUGUUUUUGGAUAUAUUUUGAUUGAUAUUGGACAAUAUUCUAAAUCAGAAAUGUAUUUUAAAUCUUUAUUAGAAACUUUACCAACUGAUCAUGAAGAUCGAAUAGCUUGCUAUCAAUAUGUUGCCAGAGCUCAACAUUUUGAAGGUAAACUCAGCAAAGCUUUAUAUAGUUAUCAACAAGUGUAUGCUAUGCAACAUGAAAAAUGUGAUAGCUUAGAUAAAACAGAUAAUUUAUUUUUUCUUGGUGCAAUAAAUACAGAAAUUGGUCAAUAUAAAAAUGCAAUGAAUUUUUUCCAAGAUGCUUUAAAAAUGGCAAAAAAAUUUUUACAUCCAAUUAAUGAUCAUACCGAUUUGGCAGAUAUUCUUAAUGGUAUUGGUUGGGUAUAUGGUAAACAAGGAGAAUAUAAUAAUGCGUUAAGUUUUCGUAUCCAAGCACUUGAAAUGAGAAAAAGAUUGCUACCAUCUGAUCAUCCACAUAUUGCAGGUAGUUUUGCAGCGCUUAGUGAUAUUUAUUGUAAUAAAGGACAAUAUGAAAAAGCAAUUGAUUUUGGUUUGAAAGCACUUCAACUUCGUCAACAAACAUUACCGAAAGGACAUAUAGUAUUUAGUCAUAGUCAAAUUGAUAUUGGUAAUGUAUAUUAUGCUCAAGGUCUAUACGAUCUUUCAUUUGAAUGUUAUACUUUAUCCCUUGAAAUUCGUCGGGAAAAUCUUUUGGAAAAUCAUCCGCUUAUAGCACAUAGUCUGGAUGCUAUUGGUUGCGUUUAUCGAUGUAAGAACGACUAUAGGAAUUCAUUUGAUUAUCACACACGUGCUCUUACAAUAUUACAUCAAAGUUUCAAAAACAAUCAGCAUCCAUUAAUUGCAAACUGCUUACAUCGUCUGGGUAACGUUCAUGAAGAUCAAGAUCAUAUCGAUGAAGCAUUCAAUUUCUAUUUAGAAGCAUUAGAAAUUAAACAGAAAUUAUUCUCUGAUAAACAUCCAUCUUUAUUACGAACUCUAACAUGUCUGUCUAAUAUUUUAUGUCUUAGAGAACAAUAUGAUCAAGCAUUGAAACAGUACACAGACAUUUUCGAAAAGCAACAAAAUCAAUUUGAAGAAACACAUCCGGACAUGGGUAUAACUUUGUAUCAGAUGGGAAUAUGUUAUUAUCGUAAACAACAAUUUAAAGAAGCUACACAACAUUAUAAUCAAGCAUUAAUUAUUCAACGACGCUGGCUACCACACGAUCACAAUGAUAUUAAGCGAACAGUUAAGGCUCUAGAAGAAGUAGACUCAUUAUUCUUCUCAUUAUGA